GGUUUGAUUAGAAAUAGUGUGAGUCAGAUGCGGAAGAGUAAUAGAUUAAUAAUUUUGAUUACAGACUAUCAAACUUCCUUAAAAUUGAUUAUAUUUGCUUAUUUAAUAUUUUAUAAUUAAAAAUUAUAGACCCCAAAAUAAACCCCAGUGUAACCUCAUUUCCCGUAUUAACACUCCACCCCCAUUCCAAUAAUAAUUUCAUGUUGAUUUGACAAUAUAACAAGCCCCUCAAUACCUCAUAAUAACUCCCCCAUUGUUAGAAUCCUCUUUCCGUAACCGCCACCAAUUAACGCUUGAGUUCCAACACGAAUAAUCGAAUCGGGAUAUGUGUUCAUGUUUGGAUUGGAGUAAGUGUAAUGUGGGCUCGUGGGCGAUUACCCACCAAAUUGAUUAUCACCAAGGUUACACCCAUGUGUCCACACAUUGUCCGUGUUGAAAGUGAAAUUGUCCGUGGCACUAUAUCGUAUCCUAUUUUUUAAAAGCGUAAUUUCCUGCACAGUAGCAAUUUAUUGUUCGUGUCGUGCGGUCUAUUGUCAGCUCCUGGAAUUCUGAAUCGAAACCUAUAUAUGUACAAAUCACUAUGAUUUUGGUGAACCUACAAACUUUCAAAAUCGUAUGGCUGGUUUUACUUCUGUGGCAGUUGAGCAGCUUGAGUUUUGAGGUUUCUGCGCAAACAUCUCAAAACAUCAAUGUCCUGUUCAUCAACGAGGUGAAUAAUGAACCGGCUGCCAAGGCGGUGGAAGUGGUGCUCACCUAUUUGAAGAAGAAUAUGCAAUAUGGUGUUUCGGUGCAGCUGGAUUCCAUUGAGGCGAACAAAACUGAUGCCAAGGUGCUAUUGGAAGCCAUUUGCAAUAAGUACGCCACAAGCAUUGAGAAAAAACAACCCCCUCAUUUGAUUCUGGACACCACUAAAUCGGACAUUGUCUCUGAGACGGUGAAGAGCUUCACUCAGGCUUUGGGAUUGCCCACCAUUAGUGCAUCCUAUGGCCAGGCGGGAGAUUUGAGGCAGUGGCGUGAUUUGGACGACUCAAAGAAGAAGUAUUUGCUGCAGGUGAUGCCACCGGCGGAUAUUAUUCCCGAAGUCAUCCGCAGUAUAGUGAGGUAUCUGAAUAUCACUAAUGCUGCAAUCCUUUACGAUGAUACCUUCGUAAUGGACCACAAGUACAAGUCCUUGCUGCAAAACAUCCAAACCCGUCAUGUGAUCAUUGCCAUAGCUCAAGAAGGACAACGGGAGCGCGCAGAGCAGAUCGAAAAGCUGCGUAAUCUGGACAUAAACAACUUUUUUAUUCUCGGAAAUAUUAAAUCAAUCAGCCAGGUUCUAGAAUCCGUAAAGCCAGCCUAUUUCGAACGCAAUUUUGCCUGGCAUGCCAUAACUCAAUUCGAUGGAGAUAUAAGCAGUCAGCGGGAUAAUGCGACCAUAAUGUUCAUGAAGCCCUUGGCGUAUACGCAAUUUCGAGAUCGCUUGGGAAUGCUACGAACUACAUAUAAUUUGAAUGAAGAGCCUCAGUUAUCAUCGGCAUUUUAUUUUGAUUUGGCACUCCGGAGUUUUCUCACCAUAAAAGAAAUGUUACAAAACGGCGACUGGCCAAAGAACAUGGAGUAUCUUAACUGCGACGAUUUCCAAGGCGGCAACACACCGGACAGGAAAGUGGAUCUUCGGCAAUUUUUUACCAAGAUUAACGAGCCGACAUCCUAUGGAACCUUCGAUCUGGUCACGCAACCCAAUAUGGACUUCAAUGGCCACAGCUAUAUGAAAUUCGAAAUGGAUAUAAGUGUGCUACAGAUUCGUGGUGGUAGUUCCGUGAACAGCAAAUCGAUUGGCUCCUGGACAGCCGGCCUAGACUCGCCCCUGACCGUAAGGGAUGAGGAGCAGAUGAAGAAUCUCACUGCGGAUACUGUUUAUCGAAUCUUUACUGUUUUGCAAGCUCCCUUCAUUAUGCGAGAUGAGACGGCUCCGAAAGGAUACAAAGGAUAUUGCAUUGAUUUGAUCAAUGAGAUUGCUGCAAUUGUCCAUUUUGAUUACACCAUCCAGGAGGUGGAAGACGGCAAGUUUGGCAACAUGGACGAAAAUGGCAAUUGGAAUGGCAUUGUGAAAAAACUAAUUGAUAAGCAGGCGGAUAUUGGUCUUGGUAGCAUGUCUGUGAUGGCAGAACGCGAGAUUGUCAUUGAUUUUACUGUUCCGUAUUAUGAUCUGGUUGGGAUUACCAUCAUGAUGCAGCGACCAAGUUCACCAAGUUCGCUGUUCAAGUUCCUUACUGUGCUGGAGACCAAUGUGUGGCUUUGUAUCCUGGCGGCCUAUUUCUUUACCAGUUUUCUGAUGUGGGUCUUUGAUCGCUGGAGUCCAUAUAGUUAUCAAAAUAAUAGGGAGAAGUACAAGGAUGACGAGGAGAAGCGGGAGUUUAAUCUAAAGGAAUGUCUUUGGUUCUGCAUGACUUCAUUGACACCUCAAGGUGGUGGCGAGGCCCCUAAAAAUCUUUCUGGACGCCUGGUGGCCGCCACUUGGUGGUUGUUUGGCUUCAUCAUUAUUGCGUCGUACACUGCCAAUUUGGCUGCCUUUUUAACCGUCUCUCGCUUGGACACACCUGUUGAAAGCUUGGAUGACCUGGCAAAGCAGUACAAGAUCCUGUAUGCACCAUUGAACGGUUCAUCGGCCAUGACAUAUUUUGAGCGUAUGGCUAAUAUCGAGCAGAUGUUCUACGAGAUCUGGAAAGAUUUAUCCCUUAAUGACUCACUGACUCCGUUGGAGCGUUCUAAGCUUGCUGUUUGGGAUUACCCUGUUAGUGAUAAAUACACUAAAAUGUGGCAGGCCAUGCAGGAGGCAGUUCUGCCAUUAACUCUCGACGAGGCAGUGGCUCGGGUUCGAAACUCAACAACUGCCACCGGAUUUGCCUUUUUGGGCGAUGCCACCGAUAUUCGUUACCUACAGUUGACCAAUUGUGAUCUUCAGGUAGUCGGCGAGGAGUUUUCCAGAAAACCUUAUGCUAUCGCUGUUCAGCAAGGCUCACAUCUUAAGGAUCAGUUUAACAAUGCAAUCCUGACCCUUCUCAACAAGCGACAACUGGAAAAGCUCAAGGAGAAGUGGUGGAAGAACGAUGAAGCUCAGGCCAAGUGCGAGAAGCCGGAAGAUCAAUCAGAUGGCAUAUCCAUUCAAAAUAUUGGUGGUGUCUUUAUUGUGAUCUUUGUGGGCAUUGGAAUGGCCUGCGUUACGUUGGUCUUUGAGUACUGGUGGUAUAGGUACCGUAAAAACCCCCGUAUCAUCGAUGUGAUCGAGGCUGAAGUAGAUCGAUCGAAUCUUAAAGAUCAUCAUGGCAAGUUAGCUGAUGGCGUGAUUCUGGGGAAUUCUGGCGAGAAGUUCGAAAAGUCAAAUGCCGCACUUCGUCCGCGCUUUAAUCAAUAUCCGGCUACAUUUAAGCCACGUUUCUAGUUUAAGAAUUAUAAAAAUGAAUCGAAUAUUACAGUAAAACGUGCACUUGGAAGUCUACGUCUAGUAUUUAAGAACUUUUAGACACUUUGUGCACUUUUAUUCAAAUCGUAAUAAAUGUUUAAAAGAA